UAUAUUUCAAAAGUUGGACGAAAUCGACUCGACGAACUAGUAAUAUCAGGCGGUAAGAUUUGCUAGUAGCUACCAUGAUAAGAGGAGGAAGGAAGAUUUCUGUUGAGACCUUUGCUGACGAUGCAUUUGUGAUGGAGAGAGAGGAUGACAUCCCCAAUACGCAGCAGGUUGAUGAUCGGGUGCUCAAAGAUGUUGUUGCGUAUAUUGAAGUGAGAACAAAGACGGAGAACCGAUCCAAGGGAGUCUCUAAGCAAUUAGAGAUUUUGGGUGCAAAGAUUGAGAAAAAGUUCACCAACGAUGUCACUCACGUGGUAUGGAAAGACGGGAAGAAGUCCACAAGAGACAAGGCAGUCAAGAAGGGUGUCAGACUUGUGUCUGUACUCUGGGUUGACAGUUGUAAGCAGAAUCAAGAACAUGUUGCGGAAUCUCUCUUCCCCAUCUCUGCCCCCGAUGAUAAAGAUAUCAUUCAGAUCGGCAAGUUAAAGCGAAUGAAAUCCAUGCAGCCGAAGGAUGUUGAGGAGGACAUCCAGAGGAGUGCUGGUUGGGGUACAAGGAAGCGACGGGCGAGGGUACCCCACCCAUCACCAGCGCCCCUGACUAUCGUCAACCCGGCUAUCCUGGUAGCAGAAACACAGCCAAUGACACCAGUAACCAAUGAGGUUCCUCACACCCCAUCCCUCAUCCCUGAGACGCCCUCUUCCAUGAAGCAGUGUCUGGAUCUCUUGGAUAGUAUCAAGAAAGGAAAGGGAUCGGCACAAAUAUUUAUUAAUGAAUCCGCAGGGCGUGUGUCCAUCACCGACUCGCCCAACAUCUCUCCAUCCACGCCCCUCCGUCAAAGACUGUUCCAGUGCUUUACCGAGGAAGCCAACUCCCUCACGGAAUCUCCCAGUACUAGCGUGAAGCUCCACAAGUCAGGACCAGUGCGACGGCCAGCAUCCAGAAGGAAUUUUUUGGAGGAAGGCAUUGAGAUGGAUUCUGAUACCCCGUCUGUGGAAUCGGAAGCGAAAAGGACAAUCAGAGGUCGUAGAAGUACAAUCACAAAUGAUAUUGUGAAAUUUCCAGAGGGAGGAGAAACUAAGGUUGGAACUGCAAGUAGCGCAGAAGCAGCGAGAAGCAGUAGGAGAAGAAGUUGUGUGAGUGAAGCCACUCCAAGUAGUGAAGAAACAAAGUCUGGUUUGUCUCAUCCAGAAGUAGUAGAAAGCAGAAGGAGCAGAGGACGGAAGAGUACUCCAAGAGGUAUGAAUCACCUUGAAGUUCCAGAAGAGACACUCUUCAAGCUUAGAGGGGAAGAAGCAGAGAUUGACCUGAAUGGUGGUGAUGCAAGUCAUAGCCAAGGAGGAGUAGGUGAGCCUAAGGUGCAGAUUAGCUCAUCCGGUCCAGGAAGUGGGGAGGAAAUAGACUCUAGGAAGAAGGGAAAAGGAAAGAGAGACAUUUCUCUAAAGCGUAAGCUUUCGCUAGAUGACGAGGCACGCACUUCAAAAGAAAUAUCUUUGGCUCCAAAGAAAAAGAGAUCCAGUGGGUGCACAACUAGAAAUGAGUCAGUCAUUGUACUCACAGAUGAAAGUGAUCUGGAUAUAACUGAUGAGAGUAUGAUCUCCUCUGGUAUUUGUGCCAUUGAUGGUGGAACAAGGUCUGCAUUACACAGGAAAGAAUUAGCGAGAUUGCAAGAGGAUGGCAAAAGUUCUAGGAAAGGAGUAUUGUCUCGAAAGAAACAGAAACAAACUUGCACUAAGAAGUCAACAGAGAAGAAUGGUGAUUCUGAAAUAGGCAAUGUAGCAAUUGCUUCAAUUAGUUCUUGUGGUACUGGGACUACUCGAAUGUCUACCAGACGACGGUCGUGCUUACCUGCAUUUCCUGUGGAGCCUUCCUCUGAAAAUGGAGAAGUAGAUCAGACUAGAAGGAGAAGCAAUCGGAGGAAGAGUGUAACUCCACUCAUCAACUCACCAUCUAUCGCUGAUCAUCUGAAACCUUUAAGAAUACAGUCAACCAGAGUCUCGGGUGAAAUACAAGAUUUCCCGGUGGAGCAUUCCACUGAAAUUGGACAGAUGGAUCAGACGAGGAGAAGCAACAGGAGGAAGAGUACAACUCCACUCAUGAACCCACCAUCUAUCGCUGAUCUCCUAAAACCUUUAAGAAUACAGUCAACCAGAGUCUCGGGAGAAAUACCAGAUUUUCCGGUGGAGCCUUCCACUGAAAUUAGACAGAUGGAUCAGACAAGAAGAAGCAAUAGGAGGAAGAGCGUAACUCCUCUUGUCAACUCACCAUCUAUAGCUGAUCACCUGAAACCUUUGGUAAUACAUUCAACGAAAGUCUCUGGUGAAAAGUCUUCAAGACAAAGGACAAGAGAUGUUUCUGAAGGGACAUCUCCUUGUGGCAAUGCUACAAAUGAAGAGGAGGAAUGUGGUCCAAAGAUGGAAAGGAAACAGAAGGCAAGCUCGAGUGGAAAUUUGAGGAAGUCACUUUCUUCUGGAGGAUCACAGAAGUCCACCUUGGUGGAGUUGAAGGAGGAACCAUCAAAGACUAAAGAGAAAGAAAAUCUGGAUAAAGAGAAUGCCUCACCUAUGGCUUUGGGCCAAAGAAUAGGAAUUCCGAGUGAAGAUGAGGAAAGAAAGAGGAAGCUAUUGUCCCCACUUGAUUUGACUUGCUCAUCUAUCCUUUCAUCAAUUGAGGUGCAGAACAGACCUAGCCUAGAAGAAUUCAAACCAGAAGGAUCAACGAGGUCUAAAUCUAAGAGGUCAGCCUUGAAGUUGAAGAGUUCUGCAGAGGUUCUGUGCCCAAGCAGUGAAGGGAGUGUGGUAUCGUCCUCUGAUGAUUUAGAUGACGCAAGGAAAGAGAACAAAAGUGGAGCAACUUCAGUGAAAGAAAAGAAAAAGAGAAAGAAAGUGACAAUGUCUGACAGCCUGCCAAGUAGAAAGAAGAAAUCAACAAUUGUCAUGACAAGUUUGCAUAGGAGUGACCAAGAGAUUGUCAUGGCUGUUGUAAAGGACCUAGGAAGGUUUUCAGUGACUGAUACGGUGUGUGACACCACUACCCACGUGGUGAUGGGAGAGAACCGGAGGACCCUCAACGUCCUCUCUGGCAUCGCAAGGGGGUGCUGGAUCCUUUCCAUGGACUGGGUAUAUCGAUCAAUAGAGGCGGGCUCAUGGCUCCCUGAGGAACCCCAUGAAAUGAACAUCCACUUUCCUGGUGCAAUGGUAUCAAGGCUAGCCCAUGGGGCAGGAUCGGACACCGAAACUUCGCCGGUGGAGAUUUUCACAUCGUGUGACGCCCUCUAUGUUCCGCCGGAGAGCAAUCCUCCUAGGGAGAGGUUGGUGGAGCUGAUCGAGCUAUGUGGUGGUCACAUCUCUAGGAAAGCCUCUGAUGCUAAGCUGUGUGUCGGAGGGAAUGGAAGGGGGAAGAGGGGAUCAACACCAGUUAUAGCUGAGAAAUGGAUUCUUGACUGUAUCACAAGUUUCAAGCUACUUCCAUGGGAUCCAUACAGGCUGAAUAAAACAUGAGCAGACUGGUUUCUACAGGGUGCCCAGAAAAAAGAAGAAGAAUACCGUAAGGAGUAAUAAUCAACAGUGUCAUACACAAGUACCAGUGUUUAUUCAAUCAAUUCUUCAUCAGAAAAAAAGAAAAAGAUUUUUUUUUUAGUUGUGGCAUGUUGUCUCUCGUGAGGUAUAUUGCGCACACGAUGAGGGGGAAAUAUAUGAAAUAUUGAAGUAAUUUGGUAUUUAUUGAGAAGGAUGUGUUAAAAUCUAGAUUUGUUCUGAUACCAGGUGCAGAGCUGUCACAUGCAACUUCACAACAGCUUUAUGAAAUACCCACCAGCGCUAGACUCCAACUACUCAUAGAAUCUCUGGAUGCUUACCAUGGAUGCAGCAUUAUGAUAUGUACGACUACUACUACUACUACAACUACUACUACUACUA